AUCAGUGCGCUCGGCGCUCGCUCUGUCAACUAGCUGCGAUCACGCGGCCCCGAACUGGCUGCCCACAUGCCGAUCCGCCCCGAGCAAUCUGGCCGCAUUAAAUAGGAGGUGCGGGAGAUACGCAACUUCAGCUCUGUCUGGGAACUGUCUAGCGACGAUAAGCCAAGCCGCCUCUAGACUUUGGCCGCUCCAGCUCCAGAUAUCAGCAACUAACAUAUAUUCCCGGCGGGUUAAUGGAGGGAGCUCAGGCAAGUUUAUGGGGCUUGACCUGGAGAUGUUACGCGAUCUUUUCGUGAAAUUAAAGUUAAUGCGACCAGCCAGGAUUGUAUAACCAUUACAUUGAAGCUUGCGAGCAAAGUCGGGCUUUACCCUCGCACCCCGCCACCGACAGCACGUGGACGCGUUAAAUUGGCUUUGGAAACCAAAAUAGAAAUCUUUCUGUCCGUCCGUCUGUGCUUUGUUUUAAGAGCCACACGAGCAAUGUCAGGUAUAAAGCACCAACUGGUUUUCUAUUUUAUACAAAUUGAAUUUGCGACAACGCCAGCGAGUCGCUGAUUUGCAUAGAAACCAAUUCAUAUAUAUCAUAUGCCACGUUGGUCAGCAGGAGGCGCACCCAUCUCCAGUCGAAAGCAUCAAAGAAAGAUGGCUUCGAGUGGCGGAAGUCUGAUCGCCGCAGACUUAACGACGCUUUAGAACGGCCAGCGCUUGGUCCAGUCUGGCGUGAUGUGGCAUAGUCACUAAUCACGCAGACUAUUGUCCAAUCCAAACUGGUUCCCCUGCACACGCUCUACUGGUUUAUUGUGCUCUGGCCCAAGCUCAUCUUUCGAUUGUUCUGUUUUUCAGAAACUGCCUGCGCCGCAUCGCCCGUCACGAUGAGCAGCAGUUCUCCAAAGACAGCAUUGUCAAUGUGAUGGAAAAGUUUGUAAAGACUGUCAACAUUAUGGACGACACCAUACUGGUGCCAUGCAGGCUCAUGGAUCGGCAGAUCGGCGACAGCACUGACAUCAUCCCAGCAACCGGCAAGGACUCGACCGCCAACCAGCUGACACAGACCUCCAGUGCCCACGGCAAGCGGGGAGCGGCGCAUUCAAAAAAUGUCCAAGACUUUCUCAGCGCCUCCGAGCUGUUCAAUCUGUACAACAUGCUGAACUCCCUGAAAAAAGAUCUGCUUUGGACCGCCAACCAGGAGGACGACGACCAGCAGCACUCCGAACAGCAGCUCAACGCCAGUACCAGUUCCACUUCGAGCUGCAAUCCCAGCGAGAGCAAGACUGAAUUCAACAGCGGCAGUCCAAGCACAACCGCAUCCGGAAGUGUCAAGGGUCAUGUGCGCCGUACCUCUACCGCAUCCAUGAUGUCCACCAACUCGGUGAGCAACAUGAGUGACUCUGACUCGGACAUAUCGCAGGAAAACGACUCGGGGCUAGAGUCCGAUGGCAACAAGAGCGACAACGCCCAAAGCAGCGACGGCAGCGACAUUGUAGACGUCGCCAAAUCGAAGCCGGGCUCGGGGGACAAGGCCACGGAGCUGGCCAAGCGCUGCCGGAGGCAUCUUAACGGUCUGUACCAGUGCCUGGAACAAAUGACAGAGGCGGCCAACUACCUGACCGCCAGAUACCAAAGUGAUAUUGGGCCCGUCUAGGACCGCCAACUCAAGGCCUUCUCGACCCUCUAUUUCCUAUGCCUCCUACACUAUCACUUUCUUUCGAGCUGGUCGGGGUUAACUUCAUACCAUAGUCGCGGGCGGGUCUUUACACUCAUUAUUAUCAAGUGUGAGGUAUUUUUUUAACUUUAACUAUAACUGUAUCAAAAUAUCUAUAUCUAUGUAUGUAUAUGAUUAUGUAUAUGUAUCUUGAGGGGGUGCUAAGCAAGACAUAUGAGAAUCGUAUGUGUGCAAUAGGAUUGUAUAAAUGUAUAACUGAGGAUGAUAAAUAACUGGUAGAUAUAGUAGUGGAUAAAGCAGCGCCUAAGCAACAAAUUAACAAACGUUCUAUUGUAAAAAUUGUAACCUCUGCGUUGCAUCUCUCUUAUGGGUUUAAGGGUAGCCAAAGUCAAAAAUCACAGAAGCGAGUCGCAUCUAUCCCAAUCAUUCCUUCUGUACCCGUUGGGGCUCCAUUGCGCCCAAGUCAACAAAUAACCACCAUGGCGCAGCGGUGGCACCGGCCCGAAUAUCCCUCUUCUUUACAAUUGAUUUUCGUAUUUAUAUAUUGGAUAGAUAGCUAUGGGAACUGCAAAACAACACUAAAGCAAACGAUGUUCAACAAGUACAAGAAAUCUAAUUUCUAACUAAAUUACGAAUACGAACGUAAGUGAAGUGGGAGCUAUGCUUGUGGAGACGGGACCACUUCACUUUUAGCCUGUAUGCAAAUUUAUAUAUUCCACAAUUGUUAUUGUAAUUGUUUAAGCCAACUAUUUGUGCCGUUAUGUUUCGUUUGAUUUCCACUUCGCAGCCGACCAGGGACACCCAGUGGUUACAGCAGGGGGGAUCUCCUAAAUCCCACCAAAGGUGACCUGGAUACCCGACUGUGAGUCCCUGGUUCGGCAACGAGGACUGCAGAGCGAACUGUAAAUUACUAACGUUAAUAGCGCUUGUGCGAGAGCUAAAAGAGAAUUAUUUAUACAUAAUAAAUAAAUUUUACUUAGAAAAU